AGUAUACGGCUCAGUGUCCGCUCGGCCUCAGAACGCCCCGUGCCGGUAGAACGAAGGACGAAACACACUUGGAGAAGGUUUCGAUGCGCGUCGCGCCGCAUUUGUAUUUUCCCCAUCAUUCGCAUUUGCAUUUCCCUCGUCGUCGCGACGACGAGGGAAAACUUGGCACGGAACGCGUCGUCAAACCGCACGCCGAGGAGUGCUUCGGAAAAUAGUGUCGAUUCGCGAGGAACGUGUUGAAAAAAAGCAGACGUUCAACGACCGUGAAGGAUCAUUGACAAGUGACACGCAAUAUAGCGUUAAUACACGCUUGUCGUCCGCAAGUUCAUAAGUUUGCACGAGGCGCGGUGUGUAUCAGUCGGCAUUGGAACCGAGAUGCGAGUUCGAUGUCACGCUAUCGCAUAUCGCGAGCCGUCGGCCGCGAUCUUCUUUGCACGACGCGAUAGGUGUCGCGUAUUAAAACGUUAAUCCGUGCUGCACUACCGGUUACGUGUACAGAUUGGUUCUCAUCCCUCCGACUCGUCCCCCCUUCUCUUCGGCUCUUUCCGUCUUUUUAUUCUACGUCAUCUUUUUCUGUCGCGCUCCUUUCCUCCUAUUGCAGCCGCUUUCGCCGGGAACACUCGGUCCUCUCCCUUUCCGCCUUGUUCUCUCCGAUCAUUCCUCUCCCCUGCACCCCCCAUCGCGUUCUCUCUUUCCCCCUUGCCGUCACCAUUGCCCUUAUUGCUCGAGACCGAGGCAGCGAGUCUGUUCGCGUUUCGCGAGCGCGCGUGCCGAUCGGGAGAGAUGGAGAACGAAUGGCGCGAUCAGCGCGAUGCCGCCGGCGAGACAUUCGCGAGACGACGACAACAACAACGACGACGAUACGGAGCCACAGCAUCGCGCGAUUGAGUCUUCCACUCUCGUAGCGGCUCCAACAUCCGGCGCGAAGCGACUCAAUCGCGACGCGAGACGCCUCUAUUUCGCAAGACAUCUCUGUUCCGCGUCUAUUUCGCACAACGGAACAUCUCUAUUUUACGAAAGGGAACUCUCACUCGCGACUUUGUCGAUGCGAGGAGGACGAGUUUGUGGAGCACGUCGAUGUAACGUUUUUUUCGCACGGGGGGAUGUCAUAGAUGAAUUCAAAACGUAACGAGAGACCGAACGGGCGAUGACCGAGUCGAAAAGCCGUAGGCAUCUUUAUCGUCGCGAUUGACGAGGAAUCGCGAGACAAAAUGUGUUCGAGAAAGGCGCGAGGAGAACGACACGAGGAAAGGUAAAAAGAUUGGAUGUUUCAAUGACGUCUUUUGUGUGUCGAUUAAUAUCGAUUGAUCGAUCGAACUGACAUCGGGGAGAAUAAGAGAAAGCUGAACCGCGCAUCGGCGGCUUUCGUUAAUUCCUUCGAGAAGACUCGAGAGUCUUCGAAUCUCGCGGCGGAAACUGUUUGCAGCGGACAAGCGCCUCGUCGAUGAGCUACGGGCGAGCCUCUUCCAGGAAAGCCGGAAAGCCAGGCUGCGAACGCAAUCAAGAACAUAUACCGCGGCGCGGUGGGAGAGGCAUUUAAUACGCUUAUAUACCCGCCGAAGGGUUUCUACGGGGAACAAAAACCCGAGUGUCUCGAGUGCCCCGAAGCGUCUCCUUAUUAGCUUUUGCGAGAGGACGACUGGCGGUCGCGAAAAGGGACAUAAUAUACCGAGCGGGGGAAGCAGGGAGGAAGAGAGAAUCCCGCCGGCGCUCUCUAGAUUAGAAGGUCUCGCCACAGCGAUUAUUACCGUCGGGGCGGCCGCAUUGUGAAGCAGGAGUAGAAGAACCGCCGGUGGAAAUCGAUCUUAACGACCACCGUCGUCCUCGCAUCGGUCUCCGAGUCCGGAUGUUGUUAUCAGCUUGUUGUCGUCGUCGUCGUCGUCGUCGUCGUCGUCGUUUCCGGCGAGAGGCAGCAUGUCGAGCUUAGCGCGACGAAGACGCACCGUGGUGCUGGGCUCCAAACGAUGGUGGCAGGGUGGAUGCUGGGCGACCAGGAGCCACCAGGAGGCUUACCUGCGAAAGCUUUACGGUCGCAAGAACAACGACGCCCGGACUAGCGUCGGACAGAACGAUGAAGCCGCGACGCAAUCCGGCGGCAUCGACGCGCCCUGGGCAACGCCCGGCGUCGUUUACGAUCUGCCGACCAACACCGCUGACGAGCACUACCUGGACGCGUUCCUGCGAAAUCACGAGAAUGGAGCGAACGUCGACGACGUCGUCGCCGCGAUGGUCGGCUGCUCGGCAUUGGCGACAUCGCGCGCGAGUCCGACGGAGAAGUGCGUCGAGUUUCUGAAGAGCGCCCGUCACGACGACGCCACCAAUUUCGAUCGUCAUGCCGCGGGGGAUGCGGAAUGCGACCGCGUAACAACCGACUGCGGUUCGGUGCACUCGUGUUACGAUGCGACCGCCGCCGGUUGUUCGGAGAAAGUGUGCAGGAGCUGCAGGUGUCCACGAGAGGAGCAUCAGCGGGCUUCAACGGAGACGGGCGGUCCUUCAGGACUCGGCCUGGGCCCGGGACCGCCGAUGGCGAUGGCCAUGGCGUUCCCGAGUGGCGCCGGCGGCGCGCCUCACCAGGAGCCGUUCAAGAGCCCGGUGCAAGCUGCACCGGCCGGCCUGGCGCUGCAGGAGGCCCUGAUGCAGCAUCACCAGAGACAUUCGCAGAGUGACGACGACAGCGGAUGCGCGCUCGAAGAGUACACAUGGGUGCCACCCGGGCUCAGGCCCGACCAGGUGCACCUGUACUUCAGCGCGCUGCCGGAGGACAAGAUCCCGUACGCGGGUAGCGCCGGCGAGCGCGAGCGGGUGAAACAGCUGCUGCAGCAGCUACCGCCGCACGACAACGAGGCGCGUUAUUGCAGCGGCCUGACCGAGGAAGAGAAGCGCGAGCUGCGCGUGUUCGCGGCGCAACGAAAACGCGAAGCACUCGGACGCGGCCACGCGAGUCAGCUCGAGCGGCCGCACGGUGCCGGAUGCCGCGAGUGCGGGCGUGCGAUCGCAGCCGGCGAGAUGGCCGUGGCGGCGAGCCGUGCGGGCCCGGCCGCCCUCUGGCAUCCCGCCUGCUUCGUCUGCUGCGUGUGCCGUCAGCUGCUGGUCGAUCUGAUCUACUUCUGGCGGGACGGCAGGCUUUACUGCGGCCGCCACCACGCCGAGACCCUGAAGCCGCGAUGCUGCGCCUGCGACGAGAUCAUCCUCGCCGAUGAGUGCACCGAGGCGGAAGGCAGAGCGUGGCACAUGCGGCACUUUGCUUGUCUCGAGUGCGACCGACAGCUUGGCGGGCAACGGUACGUGAUGAGGGAGGGUCGGCCGUACUGUCUGCGUUGCUUCGACGCAUCUUUCGCCGAAUACUGCGACAGCUGCGGCGAGCCCAUCGGCGUCGACCAGGGCCAAAUGUCGCACGAGGGUCAGCACUGGCACGCGACCGAGGCUUGCUUCUGCUGCGCUACCUGCCGCGCUUCCCUCCUGGGCCGGCCGUUCUUGCCGCGACGUGGUGCCAUUUACUGCAGCAUAGCGUGCAGCAAGGGGGAACCGCCGACGACACCGAGCGACUCCUCCGCCGGUCCACCGCCACCCCCGCCGUCCUUCCUUAGAAGCGGUAGGAGGCAAGCGACAGUGGCCACAAGCGAAGACUCAUCGAGUCCACCGCCUCCACCUCCACCUCCGCUUCCUCCAGGCUCGAGGCAUACUCUCGGAUCUCCUAGGAGUUCGCCUCGUAUGAUCAGAAGGCAUCAACAAGUUUCCGCUUCUUUGGCGACGACACCCACCCAAAGCGCUCUGAGCCCUGACUUUGUCACCGAAGGCCUUCCUUCCAGCGGUUCCAGACCCAGCGGCCUCGACAGAGUACUUUUGGAACGAAACCUCGAGAGGCUGCUACAGGAACGCGGCUCUCAUUCUGACGAAAAUCGUAGCGAAUUGGGAAGGCUGAUGCAAGCGCGGGAUCGAGAACCCCUCAGAUGCGUCCAGAAUUGCACGCCUUCCCAUGCGUCAAGCAUGCCAGAACUGCCGCCACCCCCGCGGCCGUCGUCGGGAGCGUCAGUCUCAGUGUCGACAUCGACCGCUGGCGCAGCGUCCCCGAACGCAUUGGCGCCAGAGCCGACGACAUCGCCGGUGAACUCCGCGAUCGGAGCCAGUCAGACGGAUCCACCGACGCCGACGUCGCGGCGCGUGCGAUUCCAAGGGGAUCUGGAUGUCAAUGAUCACGGCGUGACAUCGCGCAUCCCCCUCUCGCCAAUGAACGAGCAGAACUCGUCGUCAUCGCCUUCCCCACCGCCGACGUCGCUCUCGAGAACGAAUGUAUCUCGAUCAAGGAGUUUACAGGCCGACGAAGUUGCCAGCACGUCUACUUGGGGAACUGCAGGUACGUCCAGAUCGAGAAUGGACGGCGAAGAUGACGACGCUGAAAGUUGUUGCUCGACGUGUAGUUCGUCCAGCAGCUCGGACGAAGCAACGGCUUACGCACUGCCUCCUCGAAGAGCUUACGGCGGCGUUCGGAUUUCCUACGUGCCGAACGACGCGGUGGCAUGCGCGCGAAAACGCACGCCCACCUCUUCGUCGUUGUCGAAUCAAGCUCAGAGGGACACUGAAAAAUGCGUCAUAUCUUGAUGACUCCUCCGAUGCUCUAAAAGUUUCGACGUCGUUAUGUCGUUGUGAUGAUCGGGGAGAAAACGAGAGAAGCGACGUUAGAAAAACAGAGUUCCUACGCAGUGGACGCACUUUUCAUAUAUUUCAAAGCGUUGUUGACGUCUGCGACAUCGCAGUACGAUUUGCACGCGCGUGCGAAGCGACAUGGACACGUCUGGUAACGUGAAAACAAUACUCAAUUUACUUGUGUAAAUAUUGCAAGCUCUCUUCCGGGACAAUCGCCGCAUCGUUCAAGCGCAGGUGCGUUCGUCUCUAUUUUUAAUACUCCAUUAAUGUAUUUGAUAAUAAUAACGAUGACAAUGA